AUGCUCCAUGCAUGCGCCACGUUUGCUGCUCUUGCCGCAACGUCUCAAGGCUCGCUUUCGAUAAACGUGUCUGAUCACCGAAUUGAUAUACGUCGUGGUCAUCAUCUUGUUCGUGACUCUCAGAGACUCGUUCGUGUGGCUAGUCGUGUUGGCUCGCGGAACAAAAGUACCGUCAAACUGUCUACUAUCUUCCCAACACAGCCGCUAACCGAGCCUACGUUCGGCGCGUCGAUAAACCACGACUUCCCGCUCAUCAUCACCGUCAGUACGGUGAACGAUACUCGUCGCGACCACGACACAGCGAGCGAGUUCACCACCGCUCCCAACUCGGUGCAAGAGAUCAAAUGA